GCGCCGCGCUCCUGCUCUGUUGUGGCUCGGCUGAAGAUAGACAGGAAAAGCUCCUGUGAAGCGAUGGCGUUUAUUAAAGAGGAGAGUGAAGAUGUGAAGAUUGAAGAAGCUUUCAGAGUCAAACGUGAAGAGACUGAGACACAAACAAAGAUGGAGUUUAUUAAAGAGGAGAGUGAAGACACAUUCAGAGUCAAACAUGAAGAGACUGAGACACAAACAGACUGGAUGUCAUGUAAAGAGGAGAGUCAAGAACAGAAUGAAAUGGAAGACAAAGAUCAGUAUGAGAAACAUCAUGGCUUCACUGGAGAAACCGCCAAUUUAAGUUGCUCACAGACUAAGAAGACUUCUACACGAAAAAGAGCUCAAAAGACAAGAGCUAUACAUCAUUUCACUUGCCAACAGUGUGGAAAGAUUUUCAAUGUAAAAAGAAACCUUGAAGUUCAUACUAGAAUUCACACUGGAGAAAGGCCUUACAGCUGCCAACAAUGUGGGAAGUGUUUCAUUAAAAAGGGAUCCCUUAAAGACCACAUGAGAACUCACACCGGUGAGAAACCUUACACAUGCCCUCAAUGUGGAGUAAGUUUUGCUCUAAAAGGAAUCCUUGAAAGGCACUUCAGAAUUCACACCGGAGAGAAGCCUUACACCUGUCCUCAAUGUGGAAAGAGUUUCAUUCGAAAAGGAAGUCUUAAAGGCCACAUGAGAAUUCAUACUGGAGAGCAGCCUUACACGUGUCCUCAGUGUGGAAAGAGUUUCACACAUAGACAAGCUCUUAAUGCACACAUAAAAAUUCACAUAGGAGAGAAGCCUUACGUAUGUGAUGAGUGUGGAAAGAGUUUCUAUCAACCAGGAGACCUCAAAUUCCACAUGAGGAUUCACACUGGAGAGAAUCCUUUCACCUGCCAACAAUGUGGAAAGAGUUUUACUAGAAAAGCAAACCUUGAAAUCCACUUGAGAAUUCAUACAGGAGAAAAGCCAUUCAUAUGCCCUCAGUGUGGAAAGAGUUUCUAUCAACCUGCAAACCUUAGAGUCCACAUGAGAAUUCACACAGGAGAGAAACAUUUUACCUGCCAACAGUGUGGAAAGAGUUUCACUCAGAAUGGAAACCUCAAAGCCCACAUGAGGAUUCACUUAAGACAGAACAGUUUUAUAUGUCAUGAGUGUGGAGUGAGUUUCACGGACAGGAACGAAUUUAAGAAUCAUGUAACAUCUCACACUGGAGAGAAAUUGAGGAUUUACAGUGAAGUGAACCCUUUAACAUGUUUCCCUGAGGUUUCAGAUCUAAAGAAAACUUAACAGUCAUGUGGCAUUACAUGCCAUUUACUUAUCUUAAAGUGUUGGUCAUCCAAAAAUAGUUAAGCCUCAAGUUGUUAUAAACCUGUAUGAGUUUUACUUUUAAGGCUAGAAUACAUUACACGAUUGUUAAAAUCUGAACAGAUUUUA